AAUCAAACGCUGAAGGGUUAUUAAGGGUUUUGUUAUCUUCUCUUAGAUUUUCAUUUCCGCAACGGCCUCUCACCUCAGCAUAUUCCAUAUUCCCUUUCGCUUCUUCACCGUCUUUGCCCUAACAACCAAUCAUGCCUCGCCGCAGCUCCGGUGGAAGAUCUGCUCGCCCAGCUCCACGUGCAGCUCCACGUCCUGCUCCAGUUCACCAAGCUCCUGCUCCUGCUCCUGCUCCUGCUCAGAGCGGUGGUGGAUCUAUGCUUGGAGGUAUUGGAUCUACAAUAGCCCAAGGAAUGGCUUUUGGCACUGGAAGUGGUGUGGCACAUAGGGCUGUGGAUGCAAUCAUGGGACCCCGAACAAUUGAAGUCGUUGGGAAUGAUGCUGCUGCUGCUGCUGCUGCUGCCCCUGUACCUACCGCUAAUAGUAUGGAUGCAUGCAACAUUCACUCAAAGGCAUUCCAGGAUUGCAUCAACAGCUAUGGAAGCGAUAUUAGCAAGUGCCAGUUUUACAUGGACAUGCUUGCAGAAUGCAGAAAGAACUCUGGUGCCCCAAUGAGUGCUUGAACGUCCUCUUCAUAUGCUUUUCCCUGCAAUGGAGAAUAGCUUUGAGUUUGUAUAAGUGCUCUAAUAUGUUUCGUUUUUCGAACUGCAUGUGGUUUAUUAAGUAUAUUCUUCAUCAAAUAAUCCUAGUUGAAACUUAGACCUUCCCAAAGUGGUAUGAAACCAGUAUUCAUUUCUACUUGAUUUCAUAUAGCUACAUCUUGGUGACUUGGUCGGAAAUUUUACCUGGACUACAAUUUUUAUGGUUUCAUUGAUGAUUGGUUCA